AUGAACGACGGUCAAGAAAGUGUUGCCAGCUUUGCUGGCCAAUCUGCGGCUGCUGCCGCAACACCUGACACAACAGCGGCAGAGGAAGCAGCACCAGAAGCAUCAGCAGCAGCAAUGCUGCUGCAGCAGAGUUCAUCUGUGGCGGGACCCCCCGCUGCGGAAGUAGCAGCGGCUACAACAGCACCUGACACAGCAGCCACUGCAGCAGAUGCAGCAGCAGCAGCAGACCUCGCUGCGUACCGCCAAUUGCAUCAGCAGCGAUACGCCCAGCGGCUGAUGAAGGAGGCAGCAGAAACAGAGCAAUUACAGCGACAGAGAGAAGAGCAGAUGGAUAUGGAGUUGGCUCGCCGGCUACACAUGGAGGAGAUGGACCGGUUGGAGAUGGAGUUAGCAGCCAACAGAGAAAGAGAGAGGCAGCUAGCGGAGGAACACUUUGCUGCUGCUGCUGCUGCGGAGACACCACUUGCAUCAUCAGCCGCAACAGCAGCAGAUAGGCCUGCCGUCCCCUCAAUUGCCUAUGCCGCAGGAGAAGACGAGCUUUUAGAUAGUUUUCAGCCUCCUCUGCAUGCAGAGAGAAGCUGGCACCCCUUUGGGGCUUUUGGAACUUCAACACUUGCAAAGCUGCUUCUAAUGCUGCUGCCACUUUUGGUCCUCGUCUAUGAGCUCAUUUCCAUUCAAGCUGCCGCCUAG